AUGCCGUGCAUUUCCAUCGAUUGCAUCCGGUCUAGGGCCUUCCUGAACCUGAUGAGCGCAUCAAUUGCAGGAUUAAUGUUCUUCGUGGGUUGGUGGUUGCUCAUCGACGUAAAUUGUUCUUACCCAGACGUUAUCCGCUCGAAACCGUUCUAUUAUCUUCCUGGAAUGGGCAACACCGUUGGUUUCUUCAUCUUUAACAUAAUUCCCGAUUCCAUAAUCACCGGAGAUUAUACUUACUCCAAGAGAUGCACCGUUUGCUUCGGACGAUUCCUAGCCUUCAUCGGCUUAUUCUUAAUCUUCGGCUCAUUAAUUUCUGCAUUUUAUAUUUGCAUCAACGAUUUUCUAUUAAACUACGCCACAAAAUUGCAGUGGCCAGGAACAGAUUCGGCAUAA